UCCUCGAGAGGCGGACAAAAACUUCACCUGCCCUUCAGCUCCGCCCUCCGGUUGGCUCUCCCGCCUCUUACCCGGUCCCACUGCGCCCGCCGCGCUGCCAACCACCGGGUAGAGUCAACAUGGUUCAUCCUCCGAAGCUGUAGGCGACGAUAAAGACACCUCUCCGUUUUCAACUGAAUCCAGAACAGACACUGCCAAAAGUUACUGCUAGAGGGACUGUGAAGAUGUCAUUGACCACCACUCUCUAUCUCCUGGCAAUGGUGGCAAUGUGUGACCAGGUUAAAUCUCAUCGCAUCAACUUCUACAAUGUCAAACCUCCUGUGGAAGCCACUCCGUUCCCUAAGAGCUUCAAGUGCUUCACCUGUGAGAGAGCUGUGGACAACUACACCUGCAACCGCUGGGCUGAGGACAAGUGGUGUCCACCGAAUAGCCAGUUCUGUAUGACAGUGCACCAUUUCACCAGUCACGGCAAGACCAAGUUUGUGACCAAGAAGUGUGCUGCUCGUGAGGAGUGUCAUACGUCUGGCUGUAGACACCACAGGGACCUAGGUCACACUGAGUGUGUGUCAUGCUGUGAGGGUAUGAUCUGCAACGUGGAGGUCCCUACCAACCACACCAAUGCUGUGUUUGCCAUGAGGCAGCAGGCCUACAGCUCAGCCCCAUCCCAGACUCCUGUUAGGACGACGUGGAGCUGCUGCUGGCUGACGUUACUGCCCACUCUGUGCCUGGGGCUGACCAGGCUGGUCCUACUGUGAAACUACUGUCCCUCAGACCAGGUCCCUAUAGAGGGGACCAGACUGGACCAGACCAACAUGUCCCUCAGACCAGGUCCCUAUAGAGGGGACCAGACUGGACCAGACCAACAUGUCCCUCUGUCCGGGUCCCUAUAGAGGGGACCAGACUGGACCAGACCAACAUGUUCCUCACACCAGGUCCCUAUAGAGGGGUCCAGACUGGACCAGACCAACAUGUCCCUCUGACCAGGUCCCUAUAGAGGGGACCAGACUGGACCAGACCAACAUGUCCCUCAGACCAGGUCCCUAUAGAGGGGACCAGACUGGACCAGACCAACAUGUCCCUCAGACCUGGUUCCUAUAGAGGGGACCAGACUGGACCAAACCAACAUGUCCCUCAGACCAGGUCUCUAUAGAGGGGACCAGACUGGACCAGACUGGACCAGACCAACAUGUCCCUCUGACCAGGUCUCUAUAGAGGGGACCAGACUGGACCAGACCAACAUGUCCCUCAGACCAGGUCCCUAUAGAGGGUACCAGACUGGGCCAGACCAACAUGUCCCUCAGACCUGGUCCCUAUAGAGGGGACCAGACUGGACCAGACCAACAUGUCCCUCUGACCAGGUCCCUAUAGAGGGGACCAGACUGGACCAGACUGGACCAGACCAACAUGUUCCUCAGACCAGGUCCCUAUAGAGGGAACCAGACUGGACCAAACCAACAUGUCCCUCUGAACAGGUCCCUAUAGAGCGGACCAGACUGGACCGGACCAGCAUGUUCCUCUGAACAUGGAGGAUGUGUGUUUUUACAAGUCUGAUGGUAAUCUGUGAUGAAGAUGUCACAUGGAUCAAUCAAUCACAAAGGACUACAGCAGUGUCAUAAUGACUGAUGCUUGGUUUACCAAUGACCACUGAUGGUGGUCCUGGCAAUGCUAAUCAGGUGUUCAAUCUUUGGGAUUCCACAUGGACCAGGAAGAGGAAAUGAACUGACUGAACACAGGCAGGAACAGCAUGCCCCAUUCCCUUUGGAGAAUUUUGGGAAACGAUCAAUGAAAGACAUGGAAUCUGGAGUUUAGCUCUGUCAAGGUCAACUUAUGAAUACUUGAUCCACAGUAUGUCACAAGAUACAUUUUGCACAUGAAUGUUACGAAAUCUUGUUGCUUGUAUUUUUGUAUAACAUAACUUUAUAUAACAUAAAAAUAUAAAAUAAAAUAAAAUGGAAAGAAUGUGAUUUAGUAAAAAUGUAAAAUUCUGUAUAUGUUGCUUUACACAAUAACAUACCUUAAUGAAAUUACAGUGUAACAAUUACCAGAUUAGAUCAUCUUUAAAUCUAGAGACUACAUUUACCAGAGGUAUUAUCUCUUUAAAUCUAGAGACUACAUUUACCAUAGGUAUUAUCUCUUUAAAUCUAGAGACUACAUUUACCAGAGGUAUUAUCUCUUUAAAUCUAGAGACUACAUUUACCAUAGGUAUUAUCUCUUUAAAUCUAGAGACUACAUUUACCAGAGGUAUUAUCUCUUUAAAUCUAGAGACUACAUUUACCAGAGGUAUUAUCUCUUUAAAUCUAGAGACUACAUUUACCAGAGGUAUUAUCUCUUUAAAUCUAGAGACUACAUUUACCAGAGGUAUUAUCUCUUUAAAUCUAGA